GGGCACGGGGCGCCGGCAGGAAGCGGGGAGGGGCGGCGGGCGGGGGCUCCGGAAAAACGCCCCGACUUCCUGCCCGCUGGAGCCAGGAAGCCGGAGCCGGGACGCCGGGCCCGGGAUCACGGAGCCCGACCUCGGGCGCCCCGCCGGUCACCUCCCCGCGGACACCAGCCCUGUGGAGGAGUCCCGGAGAUGGGAGAAGUCGCCGCCGGAGGGGCGGCCCCAGGGCCUCCCCGGCCUGGCGUGAUGCCCGUCAGCAUCAUCGGAGCCGAGGAUGAGGACUUUGAGAAUGAGCUGGAGGUGAACUCAGAAGAUCAAAACAGCCAGUUCCAGAGCCUGGAGCAGGUAAAGCGACGCCCGGCCCAUCUCAUGGCCCUCCUGCAGCAUGUGGCCCUGCAGUUUGAGCCAGGACCCCUGCUCUGCUGCCUGCAUGCGGACAUGCUGAGCUCACUGGGCCCCAAAGAAGCCAAGAAGGCCUUCCUCGACUUCUAUCACAGCUUCCUGGAGAAGACUGCGGUUCUGCGGGUGCCAGUUCCUCCCAACGUCGCUUUUGAACUUGACCGCACACGGCCUGACCUCAUCUCUGAGGAUGUCCAGAGGCGGUUCAUGCAAGAAGUGGUGCAGAGCCAGCAGGCAGCCGUGAGCCGUCAGCUGGAGGACUUCCGCUCCAAGCGGCUAAUGGGCAUGACGCCCUGGGAACAGGAGCUGAGCCUGCUGGAACCAUGGAUCGGGAAAGACCGCAGCAACUACGAGGCCAGGGAGCGGCAUGUCGCAGAGCGGCUGCUCUCCCACCUGGAAGAGAUGCAACAUACCAUCUCUACAGAUGAAGAAAAGAGUGCCGCUGUGGUCACUGCCAUCAGCCUGUACAUGCGCCACCUUGGAGUUCGGACCAAGAGUGGGGACAAGAAGUCAGGGAGGAACUUCUUCCGGAAAAAGGUGAUGGGCAAUCGGCGGUCAGAUGAACCCCCCAAGACAAAGAAAGGGCUGAGCAGUAUCCUAGACCCUGCUCGUUGGAACCGGGGAGAGCCACCUGCUCCAGAUUUUCGACAUCUAAAGGUCGAGGUUGAUGGUGAAAAGCCAGGCCCUACAGACCGGAAGGGAGGCCUGGGUAUGCCUUCUCGGGACAGGACUGUUGGAACUCCUGGGCAGGACAACCCAGGAGUCUCUCUGCACCCUCUGUCUGUGGACAGCCCCGACCACCGGGAACCUGGUGGGGAUACCCCCCAGGAGCUGGGGGACACACUCCCACAAGGCCCUACAAGCCUGGAACCCCUGGCAGCCCCAGAGAGCACGGAGGAGAAUGCAGAGACAGAGAGAAGGUGGAAGAGGCUAUCAGGGCGUCUGGGGCGCUCAGAGAGCCUGCGGGUGAGUGACCGCCGCCGGCCUUCCCGGGGCAGCCUCGGGGCUAAGGGCCGGGGUGGGGGCCGCUCCCGGAGCGACGUGGACAUGGACCCCGGCUCCGCCACGGCCGUGCUUGGCCCUACCCGACGAGCCACCCCUGAGCCUGGAGAUGAUGGGGAGCCAGGACGGUCAGGCCUGGAACUGGAACCAGAGGAACCUCCCGGCUGGAGGGAACUCGUGCCCCCAGACACCUUGCUCAGCCUGCCCAAAAGCCAAGUGAAGCGGCAAGAGGUCAUCAGCGAGCUGCUGGUGACAGAGGCAGCUCACGUACGCAUGCUGCGGGUGCUUCAUGACCUCUUCUACCAGCCCAUGGCGGACGGGGGCUUCUUCCCUCUGGAGGAACUGCAGAACAUCUUCCCCAGCUUGGAUGAACUCAUUGAGGUGCACUCCCUGUUCCUCGAUCGCUUGAUGAAGCGGAGACAAGAGAGCGGCUACCUCAUUGAGGAGAUUGGCGAUGUGCUGCUGGCCCGGUUCGAUGGUGCCGAGGGCUCGUGGUUCCAGAAGAUCUCUUCCCGCUUCUGCAGCCGCCAGUCAUUCGCCUUAGAGCAGCUCAAAGUCAAGCAGCGCAAGGAGCCUCGGUUCUGUGCCUUUGUGCAGGAAGCCGAGAGCCGCCCUCGGUGCCGACGACUGCAGUUAAAGGACAUGAUCCCCACUGAGAUGCAGCGGCUGACCAAGUACCCACUGCUGCUGCAGAGCAUUGGGCAGAACACAGAAGAGCCUGCGGAACGGGAGAAGGUGGAACGUGCAGCAGAGUGCUGCCGGGAGAUUCUGCACCAUGUCAACCAAGCUGUUCGUGACAUGGAGGAUCUGCUGAGACUCAAGGAUUACCAGCGGCGUCUGGACUUGACUCACCUAAAGCAGAGCAGUGACCCCAUGCUGAGCGAAUUCAAGAACCUGGACAUCACUAAGAAGAAGUUGGUCCAUGAAGGUCCAUUGACAUGGCGGGUAACCAAAGACAAGGCUGUAGAGGUCCACGUGCUAUUGCUGGACGACCUGCUCCUGCUGCUUCAACGCCAGGACGAGAAGCUGCUGCUUAAGUCACACAGCCGGACACUCACACCCACACCUGACGGCAAGACCAUGCUGCGGCCUGUGCUCCGGCUCACCUCUGCCAUGACCCGAGAGGUGGCCACUGAUCACAAAGCUUUCUACGUCAUUUUUACCUGGGACCAGGAGGCCCAAAUAUAUGAGCUGGUGGCACAGACAUCGUCAGAGCGCAAGAACUGGUGUACUCUCAUCACUGAGACUGCCGGAUCCCUAAAGGUCCCUGCCCCUGCCUCCCGCCCCAAGCCCCGGCCCAGCCCAAGCAGCACCCGAGAACCUCUGCUCAGCAGCUCAGAGAAUGGCACUGGAGGCCGAGAGAUGCCUCCAGCUGAUGCCCGGACAGAGCGCAUUCUCAGCGAUCUCCUGCCCUUCUGCAGACCAGGCCCAGAGGGCCAGCUCGCUGCCACAGCCCUGCAGAAAGUGCUGUCCCUGAAACAGCUCCUGUUGCCUGCCGAGGAAGACAGUGGACUGGGGCCCCCCCAGGAUGGGGAUGGGGGGCCUGGUGGUGGUCCCCCAGGCUCAGCACAGAUUCAGGAGCACUUGCUCAGCCUAGAGGAGGUUGUCAAGCAGCUGGAGGACUUAGAGGAAGAGUUUUGUCGCCUGAGACCCCUCCUGUCUCAACUUAGCGGAACUUUGUCACCUAGCCUGGCUGUACCUGAGCGCUCUGUUCAGACAAGCCUUUCGUGAAGAGAGGAUGCGAGGGUCUUCCUCCCCCCCCCCCCCCCCCCCGUGGCUGCCACAGCGUCUCACACCCCAGAGGUCUUGAGGAGAGGGAGACUGGCCACACUUGAUAAGGGGACCUGCUGGAGUCCCUGCCUCCCACACUGGCCUCUGCCUUUCUCCCUCCUGCCUUCGCUUCAGGGGCUCAGGGCUUCACCCCCAGAGUACCACCAUAAUCCCCAUUUUCCAGGCCAUCUCAGUAUUGCCUAUGGGGGGGUUACCCCUCCAUCCCCCACCCCAAGUGCCUUUGCUCUGUUUUUAUACCCUGAAUGGAGGUUUAUUUUUAAUAUAUAUUAUCUAAGGAA